AUGGCUAAAGCUGAAUCAUAUAUUUCUACGAUCCCAACUCUCGAUAACCGGUGCAAACCGAUUGAAAAUCUAUCUCAAUAUCAAGUGGAGACUGAUUGGUCCUCCAACCAAUAUGAAUUAGCAUUGUCAGCAUGUGCGCCAUCUCUGAGUGUAUCCGAUGUGGCACAAUUGAUUCAAGUAGCAAGCGUAUUUUCUGAGAAACAGAUCAUUGAAAUUUUCCUCCCAGCCAUCAAACCUUGUCUGGAUAAGCAACAAAUGCUGUGCUCAAUCUUGACGCAUAUCUCAAGAAGUCUUUUAUCAAGCGAAUGCACACCACAGCCACUUGAUCUGGUGUUUAAAGAGAUAUUAUCGACUAAUAUUGGUAGAUUAGAGAUAGUGAAUGUCAGAGCCUGGCCGGACGAUAUUCCAUCAGCAGAAGACGAAGCUGGUUACCAUGCCAAAUACCGACUAGCUAGAACGUGGCAACAGCGGAAGUACCGAAGUAUAGCUCUCGUUAUUUGUUGCGCUUACCAGAAAGAGAUGUCCCUCGAGAUCGAGCAUCUCUUCAGAGGACUUUGCGACCAAGCUCAAUCUGCGAAAUGGGCUUCUUUUAAUGACACAUUUAUGCCAUUCCUCGAAGCUCUUGCUAAUUCUUUACGCAAAGUUGUCCCGACCGCAUUUAAAGCACCAUUAUUCAAGCAAUUUUUUCAGACCAUUGUCAGCUCGUAUCUCAUACGUCAUCAUGCAGAAAAACCUGUGAAACCCGUCGGAUGGACUCGCGACAUUCGAGGAUGCAACUCGAACUGCAAAGAUUGCAAAUUACUAGACGAAGCUUUAUUAGACCCUAAAAGACAAAAGCAUGUGUUCCAUUUGAAUGCACAACGAAGACAGCAUUUAGAAUAUCAAAUUUCCUCGGAUAUACAAAAUGGGCUCAUCAAGACUUCUGUGGUGAAAGAUCGUAGCCCCCAUGGUUUGGUCGUGGAAAAGACUGGCGAUGUUUUUGCCCACAAAUUCCGCAUUUGGUCCUUGGCGGCAAAAGAGUCAAUGCUACGUAUCGAAAUGCUGGGUGGAGAUGUGAUAGAAAUUUUGUCAGAGGAGCAUGUCGAGACGCCAUUACCUGGCAUGGCAAAUGCAUCCGAUGGUAAUAUUCAGCAGGCCAAGAACGACAUCGCUACAAUCAUAUCUAAACACCGAGCCACUUCAGAACUCCAAAAGUCUUCUUCAUCCGACACUUUGACUUCCACCAGCGGUAAUAGGACUGGUGGUAUUGGGAUGGGCGAGAAGAGAGGCUUCGCUUCAGAUGUUUCUGCCACCAGUGGAAAUUUUCUUUCUGAUGAAACACAAGCAAAGCGACUUCCAGCAUGGAAUCAAUGGCGAGAGCCUACCAAGUAACGACUUUUCUAUUCGAUUGUAAGUGUUGCUGGCAUCAGGACGAAUCACGGUUGAAUACCCAGGACUCAUAAGGAAAUUCACAUGCAAGACGACCAACGUUAUGUCAAUCUUAAAGGUGAUGAUUUCACGAGCCAAUCUGGAUAAAUGACCCAUCACACAAACGGCGUCCUCGUAAUUUCUGAUCAAAACCUAACUCUGGCGGGGACAAUUUUAAUUGGCCACAUAUCAUAUGUUAGUACAAGGAGGGUAUAAAGUAAGAUCACUUAGACAUCGAAUUUCGGCAGGAAGCGUAGUCUAAGGAAUUAGCUAGCUCCAUCGUGUAAGCUACGACGCAACUAAAAUACUAUACAAGGUCAUGUCACCCAAAGA